AUGUCGAUGUCAAAACUUCUUUCAAAGUCUGCCGUCCGUGCAGCCUCCACCGCGGCCCAGACCACCAAAGCCGCCGGUGAUAUCUCAUCAGUCUUCCCUAGUCUGAGAGCCGACUACAAGCCCGAACCUCUUCCUCCUCGCUUCGCAGAGCUGAAGGAGAAGUUCUUUAAUAAGAAUAAGGAUGCCCUGACAAGGAGUUGGGAGCGUCUGCUUCCUAGCCUGGACACAGAAGUACAAAAGAUCAAAGCACAGGGCAGCGAUAUUAUUCCCUCUGUCAACUACUCCGAUGUUGUGUCUGGCCAGGUAUCUGAAGCCACAUUAAAAGAGAUCCGCCACCGAGGCAGCGUGGUUGUCCGCAAUGUGGUCCCUCAGGACCAAGCCCUAGACUACAAGCAGCGGAUCCGCGACUAUGUGGCCGCCAACAAGGAACGCGUCAAAGCCUUCCCAGCCGACUCUCCAGCCGUCUAUGAACUAUACUGGACCCCGUCGCAGGCCGAAGCCCGCGCCCACCCCAACAUGCUGAACACCCAGCGCUUCAUGCAACAACUGUGGCACUCCUCCGACCCCGACAGCAAAAUCUCGACGACAAACCCCCUCAGCUACGCAGACCGUCUCCGAAUCCGCGACCCAGGCGACUCAAAAUUCACCCUGGGCCCUCACAUCGACGGCGGUUCCCUCGAACGCUGGGAAGACCCUGAAUACAGCCGAGUCUACACCAAGAUUCUAGAAGGCAACUGGGAGCAAUAUGACGCAUGGGAUGCCCGCCACCGCCUAAAUGCCCAGAUGGACUUGUAUAACGGCGCAGGCGCCUGCUCAAUGCUGCGCUUCUUCCAGGCCUGGUUGUCCAUGUCUUACACCAAGCCCGGCGAGGGCUCGCUGCAUGUCUGCCCCAUGAUCAACCACAGCACUGCUUACACGAUCUUGCGUCCAUUUUUCGAACCCAACACCUCUAAGCCUCUUCUUGAUGCCACCUUCCCCGGCUCUGUGCCCGGGGCCGCCCAGGAGUACAACCCUGUUACGCACCCUCACCUCGAUCUCGAGGAGACUAUGGUCUCAGUGCCGCAGGUCCAGCCUGGUGACUUUGUUGCUUGGCAUUGCGAUGCUCUGCACUCCGUUGACAAGGAACACCGCGGUACUAAGGACUCAAGUGUCAUGUACAUACCCGCUACUCCGCUAUGCGAUAUGAACAUCCAGUACCUGCUCAAGCAGCGCCAGGCUGCGGAGAGCCUUUCUCCUCCCUGGGAUUUCCCUGGUGCUGGUGGUCCUGGUGAGGCUGGCUUCAAGGGUGCCGUUGACUGGUCCUCGCUUAGCCCCGAGGGCCAGCGUGCCAUGGGUAUGGGCAACACCCCUUGGGAGAUCACCGAUGCUAUGAGCGAGGGUGAGAAGGAAGCCAUCCGGUCGGCCAACAAGGCUUGCUUUGGCGUGUAA